CUGUCAUUUAUCCUUACUUAACAGUAUGCACCUAUAUAUACAUAACCCCCCUGACCCUCUAAUUCCUCACAGACCACAUUUUCUUGGAAAAGUUAGGACUUUUAAUAAUUGAUUGAUUAAAGGAUGGAGAUUGAUUUGACACCCAAGUUGGCUAAGAGUGUUUAUGGGGGUGAUGGUGGAAGCUACUCUGCUUGGUGUCCUGAUGAUCUGCCUAUGCUUAAACAAGGCAAUAUUGGGGCUGCUAAGCUCUCUCUUAACAAGAAUGGCUUUGCUCUUCCUAGUUAUUCUGAUUCUGCCAAGGUUGCUUAUGUUCUUCAGGGUAGUGGAGUUGCUGGAAUUGUUCUUCCGGAGAAAGAAGAGAAAGUUAUUCCUAUCAAAACAGGGGAUUCCAUUGCUCUCCCAUUUGGUGUUGUGACUUGGUGGUACAAUAAAGAGGACACCCAGCUUGUAGUUCUCUUCUUGGGAGAUACUUCAAAAGCCCACAAAACUGGUUCAUUUACAAACUUUUUCUUGACUGGGUCUAAUGGAAUCUUCACUGGCUUUUCAACUGAAUUCGUAGGCAGGGCAUGGGAUUUGGAUGAAAGUGUUGUGAAAACCUUGGUAGGAAACCAAACCGGUAAUGGAAUUGUCAAGCUUGAUGCAGGGUUUAAGAUCACUGAACCCAGUGAGAAACACCGAAAUGGAUUGGUGUUGAACUGUUUAGAAGCCCCGUUAGAUGUUGAUAUCAAAAAUGGUGGAAGGGUUGUGGUCUUGAACACCAAGAAUUUGCCUUUGGUUCGUGAGGUUGGCCUUGGAGCUGAUCUUGUCAGGCUAGAUGGAAGUGCAAUGUGCUCUCCUGGUUUUUCAUGCGACUCGGCAUAUCAGGUAACCUACAUUGUUCGAGGAAGUGGCCGUGCUCAGGUUGUUGGUGUAGAUGGGAAACGUGUCCUGGAAACUACUGUCAAGGCUGGUAAUCUGUUCAUUGUGCCCAGGUUUUUUGUUGUGUCAAAGAUUGCUGAUCCUGAAGGCCUGGAAUGGUUUUCUAUCAUAUCCACUCCAAAUCCGGUAUUCACCCAUCUAGCUGGAAGCAUCGGCGCUUGGAAGGCGUUGUCUCCUCAAGUUCUCCAGGCCUCUUUCAAUGUGGGUUCAGAUGUGGAGCAGCAGUUUCGCUCUAAAAGGACUGCUGAUGCCAUCUUCUUCCCUCCACCAAAGUGAAGAUCUGCUCAUGUUGCUCCAUAAGCUGAAAAUCUUAUCACAAUAUAAAGUAGUAUAGGUCUUUAAUUUCCCAAAUAAUGUUCAAUCUGGAUGUUGCUGAACAAAGUUCCUUCCCGUGGUUUUUGGAUAUUGCCGAGUAUAUUAGGAUUUUAUGAUAAAUUUUCUUUUAUCUUUCCCAAAGUUUCCGUUUUGGGAACACAGUUUGCAACUCAA